AUGCUGCAACGUCUGCUGCAACAACAAGUCUGCUGCGACAACACGUCGCCAACAAUCUCACAUCUGCAGCGAAAAACGUUGACUGCAACAACACGUCUGCUGCACACGCCUGCUGCAACAGCUCGUCUGCUGCAACAGCAAGUUUGUAGCAAACACGCCUGCUGCAAUAAACCCGUCUGCUGCAAAAACACGUUGCUGCAACAACCACGGUCUGCUGCACCAACACAUCUGCUGCAACAACACGCCUGCUGCAACCACACGUCUGCAAAACACGUCUGUAACAACACGUCUGUAACAACACGUCCUUCUGCGACAAACACGCCUUCGCUGCAACGCAACAGCGCCUGCUGCUACAAACGCGCCUGCAGCAACACAAGCUGGCCUGCGAGCAAAACGACUGCUGCAACAAACACAUCUGCUGCUCAAACACAGCCUGCCUGCAAAAACACGUCUGCAACAACCACGUCUGUAACAACCGUCUGCUGCGAAACAAGCUAG